AUGUCGCACAAGCCUGCAUCAGCCCUGAAGACCAUUCCACUCAUCUGGCCCUUCGCUGUUUGGGGACUGGACAUGGUUGGCCCAUUGAGAACAGGCAGGAGCGGUUUCACACAUGUGCUUGUGGCAGUCGACAAGUUUACCAAAUGGAUUGAAGCUAAGCCUAUCAAGAAUCUUGAUGCUUGCACUGCUAUCAGUUUCGUCAGAGAGUUAACAUUCAGAUAUGGAGUCCCGCAUAGCAUCAUCACCGACAAUGGGUCAAACUUUGAUUCAGACAAGUUCAGAGCUUUUUGUGCCUCUCAAGGCACAGGAGCCGACUACGCAUCGGUCGCCCACCCCCAGUCGAAUGGACAAGCAGAAAGGGCAAAUGGUCUGAUUCUCAAAGGACUAAAGCCUCGGAUGAUGCGUGAUCUCAAGCACGCAGCAGGCGCUUGGUUCGACGAGCUUCCGUCAAUUAUGUGGGGAUUGAGGACCACCCCGAAUCGGUUGACUGGAAGAACUCCGUUCUUUCUGGUUUACGGAGCGGAAGCAGUCCUACCGAGUGAUCUACUUCACAAUGCACCCCGAGUCGAGCUUUAUACCGAAGAUGAAGCAGAACAAGCCCGGCAAGACGCAGUCAACCUCCUGGAAGAAGAAAGAGAAAUGGCUAUGAUCCGAUCGACCAUUUAUCAGCAAGACUUGCGUCGAUUACAUGCCAGAAAUGUGAAGAGUCGAGCCUUCCAAGAAGGAGAUUUGGUCCUCCGAGUGGAUCAACAGAAACCACACAAGCUCAGUAAAACAUGA